UUCGUUUUGAUGGGGUCGUUGGGUUGUUUUAUCCUUCUAUUAUAAGAUUAAUUCCUGCGGCACCAUGGAAAUUUGGGAGCUUUCUUCCGAUUGCUGAGUCAGUGAUGAUUCACUACGGAGGUUGACAACCCGUAGCCAGUCUUUGGAGGGUCCCUCCCUCUUUCUCUGCCCUUCCAAGUCCCCAUCCUCACUUUCGUGGAUGUUUCCUCUGUUUCGUUUAAAGCUCUCUCAACUUUGAAUCUGAGCUUUUCUCUGUUUCGAGGCUGCAAGGAAAAUUCUUCUCUCCAAUUGGGUAGGCGGUGAGUACACUGUGCGUGUUCAAUUCAACUGCUCAACGAGAGAGAGAGAGAGAGAGAGUUCAUCAUCUCAUGUGGGUUUCAGUUUCAGUUUCAAUUUCUAGUUUUCAAGUUCAAUUCCCCUACUUCCGAUGGUCCUUGAUCAGUUCUGAAUAGUGAAUACAACCCUCAACAGUUUACCCACCGUAGCCUUUGAAUUCUAAAUGCUAAAUUCUUCCCUCUCUGAUCCUCCGGACCCGAAAAAUCAUUAGCGUUAUCAAUUUUCAGAAGCUCUAACGAUGGGUUGCACGCAAUCAACAAUCGAGAACGAAGAAGCUGUGACUCGAUGCAAGGAGCGCAAGCAAUACAUGCGAGAUGCUGUUAACGCCCGCAACGCCUUCGCCGCCGCCCACUCCCUUUAUACAGUAUCCCUCAAAAACACUGGCGCAGCCCUCGGCGAUUACGGCCAGAUGGAGGUCCAUGGCUCACACCUCUCCCAGCCCCUCCUUGCCCCACCCCCAAUCGCACCCCUCCCUCCCGCUCCUCCUCCACCUCCCAAUUUCCCCCCACCUCUGCAACGCGCUGCAACUAUGCCCGAAUUCUCCAUCCCCAAGUAUGAACCCAAACCUGCCGAACCCAUCCAAGAAGAAGAUGAUGAAGCCGAGAUCGAAGACGGCGGCGACUCCCACCUUAUCCGCCGUGGAAGUGCCAGGACUCCUCCUGAGCCAGAGGCCCCCCAACCACCGCCUUCCUUACCUCGCACAACCCCCUUGACCAACCCUGACCCACCUCUUCCACCGGAGACCAGUAACAGUACCUAUGAUUACUUCUUCUCGGGCGUUGGCAUGCUCGGACCGUCCUUGGAUUACCCAAAUGAAACCAAACCCCAAAACGAUGCAAGUGGCAGCAAGGAUUAUGAUGAUCGCUAUCACAGGAAGGAGAAUGUGGUCGUUGAUGACGAUGUUGGAAGUAAAGGUGGUACCGUUGAGCCUCAGAUGGCGGAGGAAGCGGUUGAGCCAGAACCUGUGAAGCCACAGCCCUUGAAGAAGUCAAAGCAGGCAGUUCAUUGGCAAGAUGCUGCGUCAGGCCCUGUUGAGGCUAUGGUUAAGUCUGCCUCAAAAGUAAAUUUGUUGCAGAUACUGAAUAAAUUGGAUGAUCAUUUCCUUGAGGCGAUGAAGAGUGCCCAUGAAGUAUCUAAGAUGCUCGAGGCUAAUCGCUUGCAUUUCCACUCUAAUUUUGCUGAUAAUCGAGGACACAUUGACCAUUCUGCAAGGGUUAUGCGUGUAAUUACAUGGAAUAGGUCCUUCAGGGGUUUGCCCAAUGCUGAUGAUAGAAAGGUAGAUUUUGAUGCAGAAGAACAUGAAACUCAUGCCACUGUGUUGGAUAAGUUGCUAGCUUGGGAAAAAAAGCUUUAUGAUGAAGUGAAGGCUGGUGAGCUUAUGAAACUUGAGUAUCAAAGAAAGGUUGAUCUGCUGAAUAAGCAUAGGAAGCGGGGAACAAAUUCUGAAGCAUUGGAAAAAACAAAGGCAGCAGUUAGUCAUUUGCAUACCAGGUACAUUGUUGACAUGCAGUCCCUGGAUUCAACCGUAGCAGAAAUAAAUCAUUUGCGCGAUGAUCAGUUGUACCCAAGACUUGUGGAACUUGUAAAGGGGAUGGCCAACAUGUGGGAGAUGAUGUACGGGCAUCAUGACAAACAGCUGAAAAUUUCUGCAGACCUCAAAUCCCUUGACCCCUCCCAGGCUCCCAAAGAAACUAGUGAGCAACACCAUGAGCGUACUGUGCAGCUGUGGAGAGCGGUCCAAGAAUGGAAUAUACAGUUCCAGAAACUUAUGACCCAUCAGAAAGAGUACAUAAGAACUCUAUACAGCUGGUUGAAACAGAAUAUAAUUCCAAUUGAGAGUAGCUUGAAGGAGAAAGUGUCAUCCCCACCAAGGGUUUCUCAGCCCCCUAUCCAGACCUUUUUGCGUGCUUGGAAUGACCAUCUUGAGAAGCUUCAUGAUGAGCAUGCCAGGACACAAAUCUCAAGCUUUGCUGCUGUUGUUAAUACCAUCGUGAUAAUACAACAAGAAGAAAUUAAACUGAAGGGAAAAUGUCAAGAAACCAGGAAGGAGCUUGCACGCAAGGAACGAGCAUUCACAGACUGGCGUGAGAAGUAUAUGCAGAGGAAAACACCACCUGAUGAGAUGGAGUCAGAGAGGGCUGAAGAUGCAAAUUAUAAGGAUCCUGUUGUGGAGAGGCAGAUUGUUGUGGAGGCCCUACGGAAGCGAUUGGAAGAGGAGUUGGAUGACCACCAGAAACAUUGUAGGCAUGUGAGGGACAAGUCAUUGCAGAAUCUCAAGAUGCAGUUGCCCGAGCUUUUCAAAGCCAUGUCAGAGUUUGCGUUUGCUUGUUCCGAUAUGUACAAGAACUUGACGUCCAUUGCAGAUUGAGAAGCGGACUGAAAGCUCAACUUGAGGAUGUAUUUUUCAUGUAUAGCUUGCAUAUAGAUUCAUUCGUUCACUCACCUGUGUAGUAUAUGUUCAGAUAACAGUAAAAGUAAAUUAUAUCUUUAUUUUUAUGCCA